UAACAGGAAUAAUUUCAAAUUGCAAAAUCUCUUAGAUACAAAAAGUUAUGCAACCAAAUAGUUGAAAAGAUUGAGGGCGUCAAAAUUUUCUAGCAUGAUUUAUUAAAUUAUGAUUUAAGAAAUCAAGCCUGAAAGAGGAUCCAUCAUCAUUCUGACCUAAUAGUUAAUCCCGAUCACCCAUUCUCUCUUCUGCUUUCAUAAUUAAUUAUUCAACCGCUUGCAGAAUGACCGAAUUGACUCCAAAGUCUUGCAGAGAAGUUUAGCUUUGUGCUCACCACGAAGCUGUUGCAGGGAAGCCUUUCUCUGACCUUUAUAUAGUGAAAGAUACUAAAAUUCAGUGUAACCUUUGUGAAAGUUGAGCUAACCUACCCGAAUUAUUUUCCAGUCCUCUCAGCUUCCUCCGCCAUUUACUCCCUGCCUUCAUCUUUCUCUCCAACUAAGGUCUCUUCUUUCCUUGCAGUAGUGUUGCUAUCAAGCUACUAAGCUAGUAUCGCCAUGUGCGUCAACAUCCAGUGCGAUCCACUCAAAUUUUUCACCGACAUAUGGCCAGGCCUGUCACGGCAAAUGGGAUAUCUCCGGGAUCCCGGACCCAGAAUUAUUGAGCUCACCGAAGCCAAUAUCCGUCUCCAAGCCAAGCGCGAGGACACCAAUGACAAAAUCCGCUCCGCCGAGCUGCGUGGCGAAACGCCGACUCAUGAUGUCCAAGAUUGGUUAAGAAAGGUCGCGGCCAUUAACAAAAAGGUCUCCAAAAUCCAAACUGACCAUGAAAAUGGUACCUUUUGUUGGUGCAUCAACCGCCGUGCGGUGAAAAGCCUCGCUAAAGUUUGCGCGUUGGUUAAUGAAUCCGAAUUUGGCAACGUUGCAACCAGGUUACCACCAAACGGAGUGCAAGAAGUCCCCGCCGAACUGCCGCUGGCCAAUCCUACAAUGCUCUCCUACCUCUCCCAACUCCAUGAUUUUCUUAAUGACGACGAAUCCCGAAUCUUCGGCAUCUGGGGCAUGGGCGGCGUGGGAAAGACCACUCUUUUGCGCAGCCUCAACAAGGAGUUGCUCUCUUCAUCAGAAGCAAGGAAUGCACUGCCGAUGUUCGACCACGUUAUCUGGGCCGUGGCAUCCAAGGACUACAAGCUUGAGAAGCUCCAGCGCGACAUCUCAAACUGGCUUCAUCUACCGCUAUGCGAAGAUAUGAACCAGCAGGCAACCGAGAUUUGGCACUUCUUGGAAAACAAGAGCUUUCUUUUACUCCUCGAUGACCUCUGGCAACGGGUAGCGUUAGCAGAUUUAGGUAUCCCACAGCUUACCCAAAACGAAACUAAGAAGCAGAAGGUGGUGUUCACCACACAGUUUGAAGGUGUUUGUGGGCAGAUGCAAGCUUGGCGCAUGAUGAAGGUUGAGUGUCUAAACGAAGAAGAAGCAUGGUGGCUUUUUCAGGACAAAGUCGGCGAGCAGACUCUCCAAGCGCACGCCAUGAUUCCACAGCUUGCACAAGUAGUGGUUAAAGAGUGCGACGGGCUUCCACUCGCUCUUGUGCUCAUCGGCUCCGCGAUGAGCACGAAGAAAACACCAAGGGAGUGGCGGGACGCCAUUACCCUGCUUAAGAAGUCUCAACCGUAUGGAAUCCAAGGCAUAGGUGACAAUAUUCUUUCCAAGCUAAAGUUCAGCUACGACAAUUUGACUGAUAAAAUUCUCCGCGAGUGCUUCCUGCUCUGUUCUCUGUGGCCGGAAGAUCACUCAAUUUCUAAAACCGAACUCAUCGAAUGCUGGAUGGGGCAUGGGUUGGUCGACGAAAAAGAGUUCGACAACAUCAACGAAGCUUAUGAUAGUGGCCACGCGCUAAUCGGUGGGUUGCAAGCUGCGUGCCUCCUUGAACCAGGGUAUAACAAAGAUAGAGAGGUGAAGAUGCAUGACGUGGUAAGAGAUCUCGCUCUCUGGAUUGCGUCAGAUUGUGGUAAGAGACCAAAAAGAUUCAUUUUUAUUUCUUACGUAAUUGCUUCCAAGGAUUCACAAGCAGCGGUAGAAAAGAUGUCGCUUGUUGGAAGUGAAGUCGGUGACACAUCCAGCCUUCCGUCCAACUGUUUUAAUCUGAAAACGUUGAUGCUACAGGGAAGCAUGUCCUUUAUGUUAAUUAUGAAAGGAUUCUUUCAAGGGAUUCCUGCUUUGAAUUAUCUCAACCUUUCCUGCACGGCUAUCCACGAACUGCCCCAGGAAAUUGGCCUGCUUCGUAAUCUUCGAUACCUCAAUAUCUCCUACACGCAAAUUCGAUCGCUUCCAUUGCAGCUCAGUAAUCUCGUCGAGCUCAGAUUCCUGCUCUUAAGAGAUCUGGAAAAUAUCGAAAUUCCUAACGGUCUGCUGGAGAAGCUUGUGAUGUUGUCCGUGAUCGACAUGACUGAUACUUGGUGCAAAAAUUGGUUUGAGCUCUCAAGGCUGCGUGGUUGUUUGAAAGGCGUGGGGAUCGUUUUGGAGAGCAUUGAAGAUCUGCACCGGCUUGCCCAGCUCCCAAAUGUACUGACUUGGCGGCUGGGGCUGAGGAAAUUGGUGGGAUUCAAUGAGCCACUACACCUUCUCUCGCCUUUGCAGCUAGGGAGCCACAACAUUCGUUUCAGUAUUCAUAUGCUAAAAAUUGAGUUAUGUGAGAGCUUAGAGGUGAUGUCCAUGGAAUGUGAUGGUGGCGGCGAUAAGUGUUCCCUAUCAAGGUUGGAGGAAGUAGAGCUCAGGAGCUUACCAGAGCUAAAGGAGAUUGUUUGGAGAGGAGUUUGUCCUGCGGAAAUGCUACCGAGUUUGACUAUGCUGACGAUUUCCGGUUGCCACAACUUGUCAAGCCUCUCGUGGGUGAUCCGAUUACCGAGCUUGGAAGAUCUCAGUGUGUACCGUUGCAGCUCAAUGGAGCAAAUAGUUGAUGCUGAUAAUGAAAUCAGUUUCGAUGGUGAGGAGGUGAAUGACAUUGGAGCGGCCAGUUGGGCAUUCCCAAGUCUUAGGAGGCUCUCCUUGAGGGAUUUGAGAAGAUUGAGAGUUUUUGGAGAGUCAUUUGCGUUCCCUUCAUUGGAAAUCAUUUAUGUGAUUAAUUGCCCGAAGCUGAAGGCGCUACCUUUUGGGAAGGAGAUAAGGAAUCUGAAAGUGAUUUGGGGUGACAGACAGUGGUGGAAGAAUUUGGACAUGCAAGACGAAGAUAGGGCUGCGCUUCAGCCAUAUUUGAAAGAGUAAUUGCCAGGUGGAGGAGGUGGAGGCGGCUGCACAGUUACAUCUAUGGUGGACUAACAAUAUUUUUGUUGUUUCUUAUGGAGGGCUGUUAUUUCUUUUUCAUUUUUACUUGUAAUGUUUUUUUUACUCAGUAAUAGAUGAGCUUAUGCCCAAA